UGCAUUCGGUUCUCUCUCCAUAAUUUUACCCCCAACUAUUUUUCGUUUGUUCUUCCCUUCCCCACAAAGACUGCCGUAGCUCCCACAGGUGAACUUCUCCAUCUCUCUCUCUCUUUAAGUGCGAUAUUCCCUCAGUCGCCCUUCACCUUCAAUCUCUGAACUUGAUCGCCGACGCAGCCCAGUCCUGACUGCCGCGCCCACGUCCUAAAACGUUUUUUUGACGAGCAGCUUAGAGUUCGAAUGUGCUUAGCACUCUGUCCAGCAAGAUUAAGGACGUUGCCCGGGCAUUCGUGUCAGUUUGGAGUCCAUUCAAACACGAACCAACAGGUAAUAUUAAUCAGCGGCGUUUGGUAUUAAGAAAUUCAUCAUUCUAUGGCUCCUCGGAAAUGUCAGGUUUGCAAUGAAGCACCAUCCAAAUACAAAUGCCCCCUAUGCCUUGCACCUUAGCCUCUUCCUUUCACUUUGCUUGAAGCUGCUCUCUGAAGUGCCCUGUGCCAUCAAGCCUGUGUCUGAAGGGGACCAGUCAACUGCUUGCAACGGAACAUUUGUGGAUAGGCCAAUAUGUGUUGGAGACCAGAAUGAAGUACUUGAAAAGUCGCAGCUAGAGGCUAUUGCUUCUUCCUCAGAAAUACACAAUAUUUUGAAUGAUGAGAAACUCCAGAAGUUUAUCCUUGCCAUUGAUAGCUCACCAGAUCCAGAAACUUUGAUAAAGCUAUGGAAGAUGAAGCAUUUCGCAUUUUCAGUAGCAAGAUAUCAUCCAUCAUCAACUCUUAGACCUAACAGUCAUAGAUGGAGGAGGGAAAGACAUGUAUAUGUAUAAACAACUAGACGUUUCUGCCCCCUUGGCAUAAUGGAUCAACUUAGCAGAUGAUGAUUUCAGCAAAGAACGACGCUUCUUGGUUUGUAGUAAUGCUGGGAGACCAUCUAAGUGCUCAGCUGCUAUGUUUAAUGGUGAUCAAUGUACCAAAUUAUACUGAUCAGUUUUCAAGUACUAUAGGAACAUCUCCUUUUGACGAUCACCCAAACUCGUAUUUGAUGAUUUCUUGGCUGAAUAGGAUGUUGCAAGCCAUGUUUUGACUAAAAGACUUGCCAUUGAAUUAACCAACUGAAAGUUGAAGGUUUUACGAUUUUAUAUCAUAAAAUUUGCAUAGGUUUUAGCA